AUGAUAGUCAAUGAAGCAUCUGGGUUCCAUGUGCUAAGCUUCCUGGAUGCUUACUCCGGAUACAACCAGAUCAGGAUGCAUGAUCUAGAUGAGGAGAAAAUGACAUUUAUCAUUGAAGAUGCCACCUUUUGCUACAGGGUCAUGGCCUUCAUCCUAAAAAAUGCAGGUGCUACAUACUAUAGACUGAUGGAUCAGAUGUUCAAGCAAUUGAUCAAACAUAAAAUCAAGGUCUAUGUUGACAACAUAGUCGUCAAGUCUCAAAGCAUAGCCCAACACGGGGUAGACUUGGAAGAGGUCUUUGAAGAGCUCCUCAAAUACGACAUGUGCCUCAACCAUGAAAAAUGUACUUUUGAGAAAUGCACUGCUAUUUUGGAUAUGCAUAGUUUGACUAAUGUCCAUGAAGUCCAAAAACUAAAUGGAAGACUAGCAUCCCUAUCCAGGUUUCUCCCCAAGCUCGUUGAAAAAAGAGAAGCCAUUCUACAAAUCGCUUAA